AAACUGCUUCUGAGGUCUGCAGCUGUUCAGGCAAGGCCCGCCGAGGUGACGCUUCCACCACCAAACCUGAUUCUGGGCACAGUUGGACCUUUGGACCCACAGCUUACCAGAACUCCACCAUGGACUGCAGAAGCUAGAAUUCCUCCAGCUGUGCAGAAGCCCUCCUCCCAGCCUGCAGACCCCACUGAGUCUGUCACUCAACCUCCAGUGCCUCCGGAGACAGGAGCUCCAAGUCCUGGUCCGAAGCCCACUCAACAUUGCCCAUCAUGCCCGGUCACAGGCCCACCUUCCCACGUGGAUCCCAGCAGCACUGCCGUGCCCUCCACAGGGGCUGCACACUCUCUGUCCCUGCAGAAAUCUACAGCUCCUGUAACACAGACUGGGGUAACGUUGCCACGCCCGGACCAGGUUCAGGCUCAGCAUCCAAUCCUGACUGAAGUCACCACUCAACCAGCGGAGGUGAAGGCUCUAACUGUGCUAAGUGCACAGAGCAGCACGACACACAAGGACAUGUGCGAGCUCUGUUCCUGCCAGGAGGCGACCCUGUCUUGCACUGACCUCGGCCCCACCCGCAGGCUGCAUGAGGUGCCUGCCCUCGAGCCCAGUGCCCACAACAGGACCUUCACCAUCUUAAAUUUCCAAGGAAAUUCUAUUUCUUCCCUUGAUAAGAAUGUUUGGAGAACAUACCAGUGGGUUGAGAAACUAAAUCUCAGUGGAAACUCCCUGACUGAAUUACGAAAAGACUCCUUUGCAGGCCUGCUGUCCCUGCAGUACUUAGAUUUAUCCUGCAAUAAAAUACAUUCAAUUGAAAGAAGGACAUUUGACUCACUACCCUUUUUGCAGUUUGUAAAUCUUCGUUGCAAUUUUGUUUCUCAGAUCAGCUACGGAACAUUUCAUGCAUGGCAUGGGAUGCAGUUUUUACAUCAAGUAGUCCUCAACAAUAACCCUCUGACAACUAUCAAAGAUCCAUCUGUUUGUAAAUUACCAGCAUUAAAACACCUAGACUUGGGAGCAACACACGUGCCCCCUGCAGUGCUGGAGAAUAUCCUCACCAUGACUCUGGAGUUGCAAAAACUGAUCUUGCCAAGCCACAUGGCCUGCUGCCUCUGCCAAAUUAAGAGUGAUAUCGAGGUUGUGUGCCUGACAGUCAAGCUGCACUGUGACAGCACCUGUCUGUCCAACACUAUGCAGUGCCUUGAGGCAGCAGCCAUGGGGAAUGUGGAUGGGACACUCAUGAAGGCGCUACAGGCCCGGAACAACAGCACCAGCACUCAGCUGAGCAUCGAGCCUGAGACGUCAUCUUCGCAGCAAAGUGUGGCCCCCUGGUUGGGCAUCAUGAGCGACCAGCUCAAGUUUGAUGACCCAAGUGAUGUGAUCAACGCCCUCAGCAACGCCCUCAGCUCUGUCUCUCAGAGGGAAACCCAGAGGCUGUGCAGUCAGCUCUACUGCCACUCAUUGCAAGGCUUUUUCCAAAUGCAUUUCAUGGAGAUAACACAGAUUCUUUAAAAGGAUAUAAAGAACUCCUCCUUUAUCCAUGAAUCCAACAAAAAUAAAUUGGAAGAGCUGAAUCUGCUCAGAAAUUGGUCAAAUGUAGAAAUUCAGAAAAAAAUGGAGGAAGUUAAGAAGGAAGAAGACACUGUCAGGUGUAUACAGCCCAGCAUUUUGGGUCCCACCUUGGAGCCCCAAAUAUCUAGAACACUGGGAAGGGCUCCAACACAGGAAAACAGCAUGGUGGAGAACCUGAGAGGAAGAAGGCUGCACACAGUGGACAGGGGCCUCAGGGGCCUGAAGGGCACAGGUAAAAGGCUGCUGCAGGACAGGAGGAAGCAGCAGGUCAGGGACAGGCAGGUCACCUGGCCCCUUGCACAAGCAGCCUCGGGGACCCCAGUGCCACAGAGCUGGAGCAGCAUCAUAGGGGCCCCCAGCCCCAGGAACCUGGAGAGAUUCUCCAUCCUCACAGAAGGACAGAGGGUGGCCACCCCUUCCUCCCUGCCAGCUCCCUGGCUGGGCAGGUCCCCCACUUCCACCCCUGCCAGAGCCCAGCCUGUGGUGAGAAGCAGAGCAAAAGACUUCACCCACAGCAUACGGUUUCUAAACCACGGGCAGGAUGGAGUGCUAAGAAUGAAGGCAACUCCACCUGCCUGGCAGUCACAAAAGAGUCGUUGCUUGGCUGAAAUGCUCUUCCCUGUGUCCCUCAGAACAGCCCAGGCCAACCCAAGGGCACAGCUCACCAAGGGAAAUGCACGCAGCGACCUGAGCCCAGCAAAGAGGCCUGGGUUCCGGUCAUGGAGGAGCCUCAUGGACUCCCCUCCAGGAGGCUUCCCGUCAGCACCAGGGGACCUGAGUGUGUCUGCUGCAGACUCUGCCUCUGGCUCAACCUCAGCCCCCACACACAUCACCUCCCCAGUGCUGCUGUCCCUGGGGGUCGGGUUAGAAACACAGCUGAAUCACUUGCUGGAGCCACUCAUCCCUGACGACAGCGUGAGAUGGUUCAUCACCCAGCUCAUCAGCAUUUUGAAAACGGACUGCGCUGAGCUCCCCGUGUCCCCCGCCUGUGCCAAGCUCAUCUCCAAGUCUCACCACCUGCUGAUGCAUCUGACUGAGCAGCUGGAGUCCACGGUGUCCCAGGCCCAGUGGGAGCAGCAGCAGCUGUAUUCUGACCCCAUGGUCAUGGAGGGGACAGAAGCCCAUGGCAAGCAGAAGGGACAGCAGACGCCUCGGAUGUCCAGAGAACAUGUUCUUGAAGACAUGUAUAUAUACAACUGGAUCUUCGGGGCAUUAGCAGCCCUGGUUAUGAUGCUGAUACCUGUCAUCAUCGCCCUCUGCGUCAGGUACAGAAGAGCCAGAGUGGAAGAUCCAGAGGCCGGGUGGAACCCCAGCGAAGAGGCUGAGCCUGCAGAAUCAGCCAGUUACAGGGAGAGUGAUGAUGAGCUAGUGGAGGUGGUGGUCAUCCAGUGACCUCGUCCUGUGAGUGACCAGCAAAGCUUAUUUUUCCCUCAUC